GCUUUACUCCUUGAUGCUUUAUUAGAAAGGGGAGGAGCCAUACAUAUUAUACACAAACAAAACAAAAAAUUCAAUUCAAUUUCUGCAAUUCAAUUUUAGAUUGCUCUAUUAGAUUUGAAGAUGUCUGGAAGAAAUGCCUUUUUCUACGUCGACAACGCAUAUUAUGCAGCCUUGGAAGAUUUAGAAGACGAAUUGCCACGACUUCCAAGCAAACCGACCAAUCCUUUGGAGCUCAUUGACAAGAGAACCUACCUGGCGCGGAAGAGUCAAGCCGACAAUUUGAAAAGCCUGAAAGACCUCUGCCUUGAAAAUGUUGCUAGGAACAUGGACAAAAUCUGGUGUAAGGACUACGUCGAAAACUGGUGUGGACAAACACUGACCUUUUUCCUUGGUCCCUUUGAAUUGCUAGCCGGCAGAUGCAUUUUUGAGCUGAUGGAAUUACUGAGGUCGAAGAAUUGUCUGCAUUUCCGAUACCUGCCAACCUUAGUGACAGGAAACUUGGCCGCUUUAAAUUUGAAGAACUUUAAGAAUAUCAAUAGAAUUUUGACUCCAAUCAAGCAUAGAUGCCAGAAUAAUUUACGUAUUCUGAACUUAGAAAAUUGCCUUGGGAUGACGGAGGCAAUUUUGUCAUCUGCCCUCGAGGGUUUGAAAAGGUUGGAAGAACUGAACCUUAAAAGCACAGGUGUGUCAAAUAAUAUUUUGGAAACGAUUGGAUUGUGUGCAUUCCCUCUCAGAUAUCUUCAAUUGAGUGACAAUGAAAAAAUAACAAAUGAGGGGAUAGAAAAACUCUGCACAAAACAUCUUUCGCUCCACCUUUCUGCAGUUUUACUGGAUUUCACUAGCGUCGACAUCGAAGGACUGUUUAAAUUGAUCGAAUCAUUACCAAAACUCCAGGUUUUAGAUCACAUAUCAACAACAGAUGCAGUUCUGUGUUGGAGACUCAAAAAUAUGGACAGCGACAACAACGUACUAAAAAUCAGGCAGUUGAAACUUGACCCUGGGAUUUACAGCAUUGAUGAGCUCUGUGGAAUUGUUACGACCUGCCCUAACUUGACUGAUAUAUCAUUUGCCUCUAGUGCACCAAUAGAUUUCAAUGCCGCCUUGCCUUUUCUGGACGCAAAAAAUCUUUCAAUGUUUGCGUCUAAUAACAGUUUGAUACCAGAUAGCUCUUGGUUUAUGCAUAUGGGUCAGUCUUUAAUAAAAAUUGAUCUUCGGGGCAGAAACUCAAGCAGCUUACAAUUUGACUUGACUGUGAUUGGAAAAUCGUGUCCCCUUCUGCAGUUUUUGAAGACUGAGAAUUUGUAUUUGACGGAGAGCACUGGCCAAACUACAAAGAUGUUUGAAAGCUUGACUUCCCUAUCUUUGCAAAACCAAAGGUUGAGCAAUUGUGUUCCAAGCACACUUAAAAUUGUAGUUACACAUGCUUUCAAUUUGAAAAGUAUUGAACUGACCAGAUUUGAACUCAUGGACAGAUUUUUUGAAGAAUUAUUUGUAGAAAGCAGUUUGGAUCACAAAAUACUUGCAAAAUUGCAAAUUUUGAGCUUAGUUAAAUGUGAAAACGUGACUGAUAGUGGUCUAAACCACCUGAUUUGCUGCUCUCCAAAUCUCUCAGAAAUUCACUUUCAUGAGAAUGCAAACUCGUACAUGAUUGACAAAAUUGUAGAAUUCAACAAGUUAAAAUUAAGCAUCCUCUGUGAUAAGUCAGUUGAAGAUGUAGAUUAAGUGCUUUCUCUUGUCCUGUUCAUCACAGGAAAAAUGAAAUGUAAAUUUUUAAAUUUUAAAGGUUUUUUAUGAAUCAGAAAAAUGAAUGAAUUUUUAUUCCUUACAUAUUAUCAUUAUUUUUUGUCACAUAAUUUAUAAGUUCAUCGCAUAGAUCUUGUCUGGAGAAUUUUUUCCUGCACACACCCAGUAGUUUGGUCAAAAGUUCAAUGUCAAUCAUACCAAUGACUCUGAGUGUAUCUGGAAAAUGUAAAGUUUUAAAUAGUUC